CCACAGCCAGCAGCAGCCAGCCCAGGAGGUGGAAAGCACUCAGCCAGCCCUCCCUACCCAGACACCCUCACUCACGCUCUGGAUUUAAAUGCCCCUGGGCCCCCAUGCGGAAAAGCCCCCUGGGGACUCCAGCCAGCUGAGAGCCUGAGAGAUAAAAAACAAGCAACUGAGGCCGGGCUGACACCAACAUGGAGACGCGGGCGGCCAUCCCCAGACACUCCAUGCCAGACGAGGUGCAGCACACGUACUCCAAGUUCUCCGACUGGAAGUUCAAGUUGUUCCGGGUCAGGUCCAUGGAGAGAGCCCCCUUGCCCAGCGAGCCCCCGCCUCCUACGCCGUCUCUGAGCACGGUUCCAUCCAAGUCCCAGGGGGACGUGGGCCAUCCAGGGCAGCCGGGGCAUGCUGGUAGCGUGAUGCGGCUGUGCCUCGGAGGCAAGAGCAAGGAGAAUGUGCAGGCCGCCAGCGAGCACAUGGACCUGAAGCUGCAGGAGAUCGAUGCUCACAUGGAUUGCCUCAAGAGUUUGUGCCGCCUCUGUGGGAAGUCGCUGCGCAAGGCCAAGGGGCCGGAGCACGAGGUCCAGGGCGCCCUGGAAGAGGCCAGCCGCCUGCCCCUGCGCAGGAUGGGCUGCAAGGCCCAGGCCUGGCCCGAGGUCAUCCUCAAGGUCUUCAAGGUGGACGUGGCGGCUGACAUGGAGACGGUGCACCCUCAGGCCUUCUGCCACCGCUGCUGGAUGGCCGCCAUGCGAGGGGGCGGUUUCUGCUCUUUCGGGCUGACCAGAGUGCCCGAGUGGCAGCCGCACACAUCGACCUGUGCCCUCUGCUUCCCCAAGAGGAUCUCUGGGGCUUACCAGCGCAAGGGCCGCAAGAGAGCGAAAACGCUGCGGAGAGCACAGAUCCUGGCCAAGAGGACGAAGUGGGAGACUCAAGGAUCCUCUGGUGGUAGCAACAAGACAACACUUAGACCCUUGGUAGAGCAGCAGCAAGCAGUUGGAAGCAGGAACAGCAGGUUGAAGCCAGGUGCCCAGAGAGCUCUGUGGGUCAAGAACAUCACCCACUGUCAGAAAGACCAUCUGAGCGCCACGCUGCUGUCCGAGAACCUUCCUGUGGACUUCCUGCAUGCCAUAACCUGCCAGGUUUGCGACCACCUGCUCAGUGACCCAGUCCAGUCCCCUUGCCGACACCUCUUCUGCCGUGGCUGCAUCCUGAAGUACAGCCGUGCCCUGGGUGCCCAGUGCCCAGCCUGCUCCCUGCCCUGCGAUGCCACAGAGCUCAAGAGUCCAGCGAAGCCCUUUGUGGCCAUACUCCAUGCACUGGCCCUGCAGUGUCCCCGGGAAGGCUGUGGAGAGCUUGUCAGGAUGGACUCCUUCCGGGCCCAUUGCCUGGGCCACCUGCAGCAGAGGAGGGAGUCGAUGCUGGAGGCCAACCGCGGCGACCCGCUACGACGGUCCUCCUCCCAGGGUGAUGAGGACCUAGACGGGUACCUGCCAGUCAACAAGGGUGGCCGGCCACGUCAGCACCUGCUGUCCCUGACCAGGCGAGCGCAGAAGCACCGUCUGAAGGAGCUGAAGAACCAGGUGCGGGCAUUUGCUGAUAAGGAGGAGGGGGGUGACACCAAGUCGGUGUGUCUGACCCUCUUCAUGCUGGCCCUCAGGGCGGGGAACGAACACAAGCAGGCAGACGAACUGGAGGCCAUGAUGCAAGGUAGAGGAUACGGUCUGCAUCCUGCUGUUUGCCUCGCCAUCCGAGUCAACACCUUCCUCAGCUGCAGCCAGUACCACAAGAUGUACCGCACCGUCAAAGCCACCAGUGGGCGCCAGAUCUUCCAGCCCUUGCACACCCUGCGCGCUGCCGAGAAGGAGCUGCUCCCGGGCUUCCAUGCCUUCGAGUGGCAGCCGGCCCUCAAGGCCGUGUCCAGUAGCUGGGACGUGGGGAUCCUGGACGGGCUGUCUGGCUGGACCAGCUCGGUGGAGGAGGUGCCAGCGGACACCAUCGCCCGGCGCUUCCGCUACGACGUGGCCCUGGCGUCUGCUCUCAAGGACCUUGAGGAGGACAUCUUGGAAGGGCUGAGGGAGCAGAGCCUGGACGACAGCUUGGUCACAGGCUUCAGCGUCACCAUCAAGGAGUCAUGCGACGGUAUGGGGGACGUGAGUGAGAAGCACGGCAGCGGGCCCGUGGUGCCAGAGAAGGCUGUGAGGUUCUCCUUCACCAUCAUGUCGGUGUCGGCACACGUGGAGGGCGAGGAGGACUCAGUGAGUAUUUUUCAAGAGAUGAAGCCCAACUCCGAGCUCUCGUGCAAGCCCCUGUGCCUGAUGUUCGUUGAUGAGUCAGACCAUGAGACACUGACAGCCAUCCUGGGACCCGUGGUGGCGGAACGUAACGCCAUGAAGGAGAGUCGACUGAUCCUCUCCAUAGCCGGCUUGCCGAGGUCCUUCCGCUUCCACUUCCGGGGCUCUGGCUAUGACGAAAAGAUGGUUCGUGAGAUGGAAGGCCUGGAGGCCUCUGGUUCCACCUACAUCUGCACGCUGUGUGACUCCACCCGGGCCGACGCCUCCAAAAACAUGGUGCUGCACAGCAUCACCCGGAGCCACCAGGAGAACCUGGAGCGCUAUGAGCUGUGGCGCACCAACCCUUAUUCCGAGUCUGCUGAUGAGCUACGCGACCGGGUCAAGGGUGUCUCUGCCAAGCCUUUCAUGGAGACCCAGCCCACCUUGGACGCUCUACACUGCGACAUUGGCAACGCUACCGAGUUCUACAAGAUCUUCCAAGAUGAGAUCGGUGAGAUGCAUGCCCGUACUGAUGUCCCAAAACGUGAAGAGAGGCGACAAUGGAGGGCUGCUCUGGACAAGCAACUUCGGAAGAAGAUGAAGCUGAAACCUGUCAUGCGUAUGAAUGGCAACUACGCCCGUCGGCUGAUGACGACAGAGGCCGUGGAGGCUGUGUGCGAGCUGGUGCCCUCAGAGGCCCGCCGGCAGGCCCUGCGGGAGCUGGUGGCCCUCUACCUCCAGAUGAAGCCAGUGUGGCGCUCCACCUGGCCCGCCCGCGAGUGCCCUGACCAGCUGUGCCGCUACAGCUUUAACUCCCAGCGCUUCGCCGAGCUGCUCUCCAGCACCUUCAAGUACCGCUACGAUGGCAAGAUCACCAACUACCUGCACAAGACGCUGGCCCAUGUGCCCGAGAUCGUGGAGCGGGAUGGCUCCAUCGGGGCCUGGGCCAGUGAGGGCAAUGAAUCUGGCAACAAGCUCUUCCGGCGCUUCCGCAAGAUGAACGCCCGCCAGUCCAAGAGCUUCGAGCUGGAGGACGUUCUGAAGCACCACUGGCUUUACACCUCCAAGUACCUGCAGAAGUUCAUGGAGGCCCACAAGAACUCGGCCAAGGCCAUGCAGGCCACCAUCAACCCGGAGGAGAUGGCGACAGUGGACGACAGUGAUAUGUUAAUAGAAACUCAAGAUUUUUAAACCGAGACUGUAUUGCAGUAGCAUGAAAUAUGUAGCAACUACAGCAGGGGCACUAAGUCAAGAAUCGACUUUCAUUGCCAUUGUGUGUGUGUGUUUUUUAUUGAUGACUUGUGAAUUGAGUUCACUUUGGUCUAUGCUGAUAUUCUUUCAAUAAUUUUAGACAUUUAAAACAUUUCAAUGGAACACAUUGUGCUUAUUCGAAGUGAGCAAUGACUCUGAGCAUCAGAUUUCUCAUUCAGAAGUUACAAACAGUUAAGAUAACCUCCUUUGGGUCAGUACGAGGGACUUUCACUGUCCUCUCCAUUUAUGUUUGUAAAUGCAAAAUAAAUUGGUUUAUGCUGAAGGUUGGAUCAGAAGGGAAUGGACUGCCUUUCCUUCCCUCAGCUUUUAAGAGAGGAGGGUUUUUUGUGGAGACUUUCAUCUUUGGCUUUGAGUUAUGGCAGAGUUUAUUGUAUUGCAAGGUUAUGACACAUUCAUGAAUUUAUACAAAAGGAUUAUUUAUGGAAACAGAUGAAAUUGCUGUAAGUCACUGAGAGGAAAUUGUGUUAAAGGGGGGCACAUUUACGAUAGCUGUAUUAAUUUAUCACUGGGUCCGAGGCAAAAUGGAAUUAGGGGGGACUCAAAUUGUCUUAGUUUUGGGAGUGCUGCUGGGGAAAGGAUUGCUUUAGUGCCAUAUAUCUGGCUCCGAAGGCAGAGCGGCAGGCCAUGGAUGACAUUGAAAUACCCCUAUAUAUUUCCACUUCCCAGCACGCUGCUCAAGAGUGGCAACUAUUCUACCUCCAUUUCAGAAUAAAAAAGGACACAUUGACCUUCUACUAAAUCACAGUGAGGAAAUGAUCCAGACUACAAUUGCCAUACAAAAGGCCCAAGGAAGCACUUAGCCGCUGAGGAAGGCCACUUCCAGAGCGGCACCCAGGCUGGCUCUCAUGUCGACACUACUGCUGUGCUGGCAUCUUGCCAUGGUAUAUACUGUGUGUGCACUCCUCCUCAUAGUCCUCUUGCGUAGGAGAAUCUUGUGUUCACUGCAUUGCUGUAUGAACAAUCAUUGUAGCAUUUUCAAGCAAUUAAUUCACCUACGGGUUGCUGAUGUUUGGGUGUAUUUAGUCGUAAUAUUGAUAUUGUUUGACUGUCUUUAUGUAGGUGAAAUAUUGCACAUGUUAAGCCUUUAGACAAUCACAUGUCAAUGCUCUUAUCAUUUCCUUUG